GAGCGCAAAAUGGCGGAACCGCCGAACCCAGCUCGCGGCGCCGUGGCUGUCCUCUGUGAGAAGGAAGCAUUUGGCAAACUACAGCCUUCGUCGCGGGAGCCAUCGGGUUCUAUGUCCGCCAAGAAGGUUCGCACCGAGGAGAAGAAAGCGCCGCGGAGAGUGAACGGGGAGGGGGCCAGCGGCGGGAACGGCGGGCAGCUGCAGCUGCCGGCCGCCCCGCCGCCCCAGAGCUACGGCAGCCCGGCGGCGUGGAGCUUCGCGGCUCGGUCCGCCGCCUCCUCCUCGACCACCUCUCGGAGCUCUUACUCUUUCUCCGCGAGCCCGAGCGUCUCCUCAGCCUCCGCUUCCUCGUCUCAGCCGGUGCCGCGCAAACUGCUGGUCACUCCCUCGCUGCUGCAAGCGCAGCCUCAGCGCGUCCUGCUCCCGCCCGUCGCUCCGCCGGCCGCCGCUAAGCCGCGCAGACCCAAGGAGAAGCGCGAGAAGGAGAAGCGGAGGCACGGCCUCGGCGGCGCCGCCCGGGAUGAGAACGGCCAGGCGAAGCCGCUGCCGCGAGAUAAAAUCAAAGACAAAAUUAAAGACAAAGACAAAGAAAAAGAGAGAGAGAGAAAGAAGCAUAAAGUAAUGAGUGAGAUCAAGAAAGAAAAUGGAGAUGUAAAGAUUUCACUGAAAAGUGGGAAGGAGAAACCAAAAACAAAUAUAGAAGACUUACAAAUUAAAAAAGUAAAGAAGAAAAAGAAAAAGAAACACAAAGAGAAUGAAAAGCGGAAGCGUCCAAAAAUGUAUAGCAAAUCUAUUCAGACCAUCUGUUCAGGACUGCUGUCUACUGAAGAUCAGGAAGCCAAAGGCGUCUUAAAUGACAACGUCAAGGAUUGCAUUGGAAAACAUAUGGAUACCAAAAACUGUGAUUCAGAAGUUCCUGAUAACACUGACUUUCCAUCUGUGUCCUUAAAGGAGCCGCGAGUUGAGAGCGGCCUCAGGAGGUUGGACACUUUGGAGUUCAGGCAGCUCAUUCACGUUGAGCACCAGCCGAACGGGGGUGCAUCCGUCAUCCACGCCUACAGUGACGAGCUCUCCGGCCUGUCCCCUAUGGAGGUGCAGAGAUUCGCAGAAGAAUUUGUGGGUUUAGUGUUCAGUGAGAAUGAAAGCUCCGCAGCUUUCUAUGUAAUGGGCAUUGUUCAUGGGGCAGCUACUUACUUACCUGACUUUUUAGACUACUUUUCUUAUAAUUUCCCCAAUUCACCAGUGAAAAUGGAGAUACUGGGAAAGAAAGAUAUAGAAACAACAACUAUGUCCAAUUUUCAUGCUCAGGUAAAAAGAACAUAUUCUCAUGGUACUUACAGAGCUGGCCCGAUGCGACAGAUAAGCUUGGUGGGAGCCGUCGAUGAAGAAGUGGGAGAUUACUUCCCUGAGUUCCUUGACAUGUUAGAGGCGUCACCGUUUCUAAAAUGUACAUUGCCAUGGGGAACACUAUCUAGUCUAAAAUUAGAGAGUCGGAAAGAUAGUGAUGAUGGUCCCAUCCUGUGGGUGCGUCCAGGAGAGCAAAUGAUCCCUGUGGCUGAUGUGCCAAAGUCACCCUUCAAAAGGAAAAGAACUACCAAUGAAAUAAAAAACCUUCAGUAUCUACCUCGAACCAGUGAGCCUCGGGAGAUGCUGUUUGAAGACAGGACGAGAGCCCAUGCGGAUCACAUAGGGCAAGGCUUUGAGCGACAGACCACUGCAGCUGUUGGCGUGCUGAAGGCUGUGCACUGUGGACAGCGGCCUGAUCAACCCCGAGUAACCAAAGAUGUAAUUUGUUUUCAUGCAGAAGAUUUCUUAGAAGUAGUUCAACGAAUGCAAUUAGACUUACAUGAACCUCCACUGUCCCAGUGUGUACAGUGGGUUGACGAUGCAAAACUUAAUCAGCUGAGGAGAGAAGGCAUUCGCUAUGCCAGGAUUCAGCUGUAUGACAAUGACAUUUAUUUUAUUCCAAGAAAUGUUGUCCAUCAGUUCAAGACAGUUUCAGCUGUAUGCAGUUUGGCAUGGCACGUUCGACUUAAAUUAUAUCAUGCAGAGGAAGACACUUGUCACAGUACAAUUACUCCUGAAAAAGGUAGAACAUCAGGCCCUACAUCAUCAGUCCUUGGUACUCACACUGAGAACCAAAUCUCCUCAGACUCUGUGUUGUCAGACAAACUUCAUUCUAAGUAUGAAUCACAACAAAUGAAACAUGAACCUGUUGCAUCUCUAAGAAUCAAGGAAGAACCUGUGACGGCUAUGAUACCUGAAAAGAUUAGAACACCAAAUAACACAGAAGGCAAGAACAGUAAGACAAAGUUGGAUCAUGUUCAGUUUUCAGAUUUUCAGAUUGACAUGGAUUCUAAAUUAGAGAAUACCAACAAAGACUUAAAGGAAGACUUGUGUCCUGGAAGUGUCAGUAAAACAGUUGAUACACAGCAACACAGUUCUAUACAUUCAAAUCAAGACAAAAGGGAUGGCGACAAUUUGUGCUAAAUUUGUACAUUGCAUAUAACUUUUCUUUUAAAAAUAAUUUGUAAUGAUUCAUGAAAUCUGAAAGCAAGCCUAGGAAUUGCUCUCACGUCUGUUACAGAAUAGAGUUCAUGUAGCUUUGUAACAUUCCUCAGUGCCUGUCCAUAACUGUGAAGGAUCAAGCACUUAGGGCCAGAUGCACUGGAAACAUUGCAGGUUUAAAUACACAGGAGUCUUUAGAAACGUCAUUUGAGUUGGAGUUUUAGGUUUUAGAAUAGAGCUGACAAAAUCAUAUAUUUUUUGUAACAUGAGCCAGAAUUCUUUUUUUGACAACUUAAGGUUUUUCCAUAGAGCUUUAUUAUACCAACUUUUUUUAUUUUAAAUGUGUCAGCACUGUAGUGUAAAUAGCUUGACAAAGCCUUUUUAGUGUGAUUUAUAUUGAAAUGUGAGCCACUUAAUAAAGGUUCAGAAUAAUAAACGCUUUUUGUUGAGUUUGCAAAAACAUACAAUUCAGUUUAAUUGUUUGAUAUAUUAUGUUUCUGUUAAUAUAUACAUGAGGGGAAGUGAUGGAGGAAAAUGUGUGUCCAAAUCUAGUAAAUAUUUAAAUUUUUCAUACUGUGCAUGCAUUCAAAAAGCCACAAUUCAGUUAUGAAAGCAUAUAUACAUAUGGAGUGUGUGUGUGUGUGUGUGUGUGUGUGUGUGUGUGUGUAUACACAUACGUAUAUACAUGUCUGCUUGGGAAUGUAUAUAUGUAUAUUGCUUUGCACAAUUUCUUAAAUUGACGAAUAUAUAAAAAUUCCUAGUGCUGUUUCCUGGAUUGUAUUCUAAAAUAUUUAUCUUCAACAGUAAGAAAAUAAUUUAAUUAAUAGAGUUUUAGAAGUUGGGAGAAACUAAGUAUGUUGAUGGCUGUUAUCCUUCUAAUUAAUGAAAGUAAUGUGGCUAGAGUCUUUAGCUCUAGUGUAAUUUUAUUUUGUGCAAGUAAUCAGUUUAGAAAAUUUUCUAAUAAGCACCUGUAUGUUUAGUAAUAGCUGACUAAAAAAUUGACAUACAGAAAGUUUAUGAGUAAUUAAAAGUCUUCUUUUAUAUUUUUCCACAUUACAAAAAUGAACUUUUAAACCAAGGGCAGUGACAGUGACUCAGUUGCCAUACACCGAUGUAGCUAGCAAACACUGUCAGAUCAUCUUCCUCAGGACCCUUCGCUAGCCUGCAGGGCAGAUGUAAGGUGUACUCCUCUACAGAUGCUCUAGGGAGUUCACUGUGCAGGAGGCAGGAUGGCCAGUGCCUGCGAGGUGAGUAGACAGCUGCACCCAGGGACUUGAGUUUGUUUCCACUUCUGUAUGGAUGUGAGUGUGGAUGGAGGGAACCGUAAUCAUUGCAAGCGUUUUGAUGUUUCUUCUGUUCCGGGUCCCUGCCUUGAUUGAUGACUUUCAGUUGGCUUUCCUUGUGCUGCGCUGCCUUUUGGGAGACCACUGUUUGCUUUUCAGUGGGUUCCAUGUUCAUCUCAUUUUUGGUAAGCCAUCAAAGCUCAUGCUUCUAGCUGGGGAGAAACCACUUAGGAAAGCGUUUCACUAGAACUGAUGAAAGUCAGCACCAGCCGCAGGUCUUAUCUCCUAUCCACAGACAGGCAAAUAAAGUAGGGAUGCUGCUGGCUUAUAGGAGGGACUCAGGAUGUUUGCAGUGGGGGAAGCUUCAUGGAAUAGAGAAACUAAAAAUCAUGACAGUGUAUGUAGGGGUUUUGUUUUAUAUGUAACUAGCUGUCUUUCACUGCACCCAUUUAACCUAUUCUAAGCUAAAUUUAGGGUUCUUCACCAUCUUUCUUAAGAUGGGAUAGCAAAAAUUCUUAACAAAUGAGUAUUAAGAAAUAGGAAGGGAUAUUGUUAAAAUUUAGUUUUUAAAUUGACAGUGAUAUAUUUAUCACAGUUUGUUUUAUUUCCAGUCACAUAUAUGACUGGAAAUAUAUGACCUCAGGCCCACUGAGGUCAUACUGUAAGAAAAUGCUGUUAGGGUAUCUCCAAGAUCUAUGAGCCUUAAGUUUUAGCUUAAAGGAAGGCACAUCUGAGAUAGCAGAGCCAUUGCUUUUAGGUAUAGUUGCUUAUGUGACCCUUAGUUAACAUAGUUAUCCAUACAUAGUUAUCCAUCUAACUGCUCUAUCAAAUGCGUACAUCUCUGUGAAGGUGAAGUAUGUGUAAACCAGCAGGCUCAAGAUUCCAAGAUAAAGCCUUACAGACUUGAAUCAUGUUUAUGCCCCAGGCUUACGGGUUAUUUUUUAAAAUCUUCUUCAGAUGCCAUCUGAGAACUUGUUAACUACCUUUGUUACACACAAAUUCCUAUUUUGAUAUUGCACAGUAAUGGUUUUCUAGUUAGUACACUCCCAUUCUUCAUGUGAAUAUAAGAUUUUUAUUUCCAAUAUCUUGGACCAGAACAAUAAAGCACUCAAGGUAUAGUUUUAAUAAGGUCAUAUGCUAUAUAGAGUGAAUGUUAUAUAAGUUAUUAAGUGAUAUACAUUUACAUAAAAACUUAGGUACCUCAGUGGUAUUUGAUAUAUAUAUACUUUUCCCCCUCUUUUUAAAUUUUAUUUAUAUUUUCUUAGCUGUCUAAGUAGUAUAUAUCCCAUACUCAGGUUAGCUAUCAAAAGAAUUAAACAUUUUGAUAUUUAGUUUGUUAUUUAGUUGCAAAUUUACUUAAAGCCAUAUAUUGAUUAUCUUCCUUAUGACAAAACUAUUGACCUUAAUGAUCAGGUGUGGUUUAGCAUAACACUGUGUACCGUAUGUAUUUGUGUAUUUCUGAGUAAGUUUGUUUGAAACUUGUUUUCAAAAUAGGAAGGGGAUAGGAAAGAAUUUCUUAGGCUAAAUGUUUAAGGAAUGUGAUUAAUGUACUCAAAGUAAGAAUUUUUUUUUCUAAAUUCAGUUCUAUAUAAGGGUUUUGUUUGUUUGUCUUUUCUUUUUUUGUAAAUAAUAACUUAGCAUUGUUUGGUAAAUGUGCUUUUCUGAGGGUGUUGGAAGGGACAACUUAUUUAUAUGUAAAGCAGUCAUUUCCAUUUAGCCAAGGUACAGAUUUGGGUUUGGCAUUUGAGAGGCUAUUUUCCUUGUCUUCCACAUUUCAAUAAAUACUAAGGUUGAUAACCACAAUCUUC